UCGAUAUUUCCGCGGUCACACUGGUGUUUGGAAAUGUUCGAUAUUUGUGUUAAAAAAUAAAACCCAACUAAGAAAAACCAUGUAUGAAAGCGUUAAUUGAACAGUGCUAAAGCCAGUGACUGCAUGCAUCUCGACGCGUAAACGAUCCCAAAAAGUGCAUAGGUGCCUGCUAAGGCCAACACACACACACUUUGUGCUCCUAUGCAGCUCCACAAGAAGGAAACCAAAGAUUUCCGUGCUAUGAAGAUGUGUCUAUACUACAGAGUAACUGUGUAAAGUGGUGUGCGUGAGUGCGUGAGAGUUCUUGAGCGUAGGUGUGUAGGCAGUGGGUGUGUUGGUGCGUGUGUGUGUGAGCGACCCAGCCAGGCUACUAUGGCAGUGCGGGCAUCUGCGUGUGUGUGUGUGUAGCACACUGAAAGAAUCAAUAAAGGAUGUGCUGUGGAUUUCAUUGCUGGCAGAGCGAAAAAGGACAAAACAACGGCCGAAUAGUGGUAGUAGGGACAACAACGAAAAGUGUUCGAUAAUUGGCAAGAACAGCCCCUCCCAUCCCCCCUUUGUCCGGGAGUAGAAUAUACCAAAAAGAAAUAAAAGAAACGAAACAUUUUUUUCUCCACCAAUCAACACUUGUAACGGAAAUACAAAAAAACGAACAAAAAAAAAACAAUUGUGAAUGGCCGUAGGGGCUGUGGCGUGGUAGAAAAAUCAAAUAAAAUAUAUCCCUAAACGUUUCGAGUACCGACCGAUCGACCGGGUGUAUACUAAACACAAAUAACAGUACUCACAUUGCAAGUAACGGUAUCUAUCGGUGACGGGGGAAAAUCAAUUGGAAAUUGAAAGCUGAAAAUUGUAAAUUGAAAUAAGAGGCCGCCUUCUGCCUCAUUCCAUCAUCAUCAUGAAGUUCUGCCUGGUGAUAACGAUGCUGGUGUCCAUUGCAUACUCCGUGGAGGUGCACUUUGAGGCACCGGACAGUGGAUUCUUCCUGAAGCAUGCCCGCCAACCACCUGUGACGCCGGAAAUAGCCAACAUACAGCAGACAUCGUCAUCGCCGCCAUUGAAGGCGCGCUCCUCCUACGAUUCGGUGCUCUCGCUGGAUCGCUUCACGGUGGUGGAGACCACACAGCCGGUGUCCAUACGCGCCAGCUAUGGUCCAUUCUCCACCAAGCAGACAGUGCCAGCUCGCUACAUUGUGCCGGACACAAUGGACAACAACAACAAUCAGAAUGGCAACAACAACCAGGGAGGAGGAGACUACAUGAACAACUCCACCGCCACGCUGCUGGAGCUGCAGCAGCCGAAUAUGCAUCUGGAUAUCUCGGCACAUUUGGUCAGGGCGAGCGUGUCGCAGGAUUCGCCCGUGCUGCGUGUCCUCUUCCAUGCUGGCGCCGAUCCCGGCGGUCAUCUGCAGCGUCAGAAGGUGUGCGUUCUGCUGCAUGUGGCCAUGGGCGCGGAGCAGCCGCUGAAGGGUCGUUGCAUGCCCGAGGGCGAGGAUGGGGUGUGUGUGGCCGAGGUGGUGGUGCCCCUCAGCUGGUGGCCAGCGAUUCCGGCGCCCCAGCGCAAGGACAACGCCCCAGCACUGCCGCCCAAGGUGCCGCAACGCUAUGCGCAGGUCUCGUACAGCGUCUUUGAGCCACCGCUGCGCAAUCCGGAGCAGUGCGAACCAAAGGUUCAGAUCCAGCCACUGACCACAUUCGCCCAGGUGCCCCUGAUGCCCGCCAAGACGCCGUUCAAGGAGCUGCGCGCCGACGAUUCGGUCACCUUCCUGCUGCCCCAGCAUCCGCUCUAUCCCAUGUCCAAGCUCCAUGUCCCCGUCUUUCUGCACCAGUAUGUGGAUCAGCGGGUGGCCGCCUUCACCGUGCGUGCGCGUGUCAAGGCUGGACUGCGGAUCAUGGGCGCCACCGCCUCCACCGAUCAGUGGAGCGUAUCGAUUGAGAAGGAAAAUCCCAAACACACCACCGCACGGGUCACAGCGUUCCGCAAGGAGCAGGAAUCCAGCAUGGAAUCGGCCAUGGCUGGCAACCUGACCAACGAAUCGUUCGAGGUCUUCUCCUGGCUGCUGGAGGUGGCCGAGGACACCAACGACAUUGUGGAUGGCGGCAAGAUCGUGUGGUCUGUCACCCAUGUCUAUGACACGCCCAAGGACAAGGACUCCAGCGAACUGAUUGCCACAGACGACACAAAGAAGCGGCUGAUUGCCAAGCUCGAGAUCAACAAGGAUGACAUUCAGGCAGUGCUGCCAAUGGCCAAGAUCUGGGAGGUGAUGAACACGGCCGUUCUGACCGGACGCCAAGUGGCACAGGCCAUGAAGGUUUUCAUAGUCUCCCAAGCGGGCAAGGUGGCCGAUGUGACGCUCCAGAGUUCCUGUCAUGCGGAGGACGAAAGUGUGAUUAAGGUUUCCUCCUCCUGCAGCUCGGUCUAUGUGGAUGGCUCGGAGCAGCGCGGCUCCUCGAAUGCCUCGGUUAUUGUCAAAUAUGGCACCUAUGUGGGCAUUGCAAAGUUCAUUGUUUGGAUGCCCGAAUUCCCGCUGGAGGUCUACAUAGCCGACUAUCGCUUAUCGCAGAUCAAGGGCUGGAAAGUGACGGAUGAUAAUCAUUAUCUACACAACAAACAAUCGCGUCGUCGCAAGAAGCGCUCGUAUGUGUGGGGCCAAAGCCAGGGGCAACAUGGCAGCAAUUAUUACAACAAUCUGGGAGCGGACAAGACCAUCUGUCGUGCACGCUAUCAGCAGAGUCCCGUGGAGGUCUAUGCCAAGUUCUUGGCCGUCGAUCAGAACUCGGGACGCACCAGCUACUUCAUCUCGAGGCGAACAGGUCUACGGGUCACGGACCUUGUGCAGCCGCUGCUGCGCGUGGCUGAUCCCAAGAUUGCCUCGCUCAAGGGUCGCAUACUGCAGGGCAAGUCCAUGGGUCGCACCGAUGUGCAGGUUCUAUCGCCCAUCACUGGCCGCGUCAUUGGCACCAAGGAGAUCCGUGUGGGCAGCGACAAGGUGAAUCUCUCAAAGCUGAUUGUGCGCGUGAUUUCGGGACUGCAACUAACUAUCACACCGGACAAUACCAUUGAGAAUGGCUACCUGGCAGAGACCUCUGUGACCCACAAACUGACGGCACAGUAUCAGGAGGGGCUGCUCGACAUCGAUCUGGAGUUCAAUGAUGGCUCCAAGACGCCACUGAGGGACAUUGCUGUGGAGGACUACUUCCUGCUGGUGGAGAGUCUUGAUACUGAGGUGGUGGCCUUUGCCCCCAUGCUGGCCUCCCAUCAUCCGCGCGUGAUUGCUGUGGGCGAGGGCAAUGGCAAUCUGCUGCGCGUCACACUGCUGCUCUCCGAGGAGUGCCGCACGCGCAGAAGCACGCUGGGCACCGGCAAACAGAACAAAUCGAAUGUGGCACCGCUGGCCAGUGCUUUGGCCUCCAUCGAGGUGGACUUUAACAAUGUGGACAUUGUCAGCAAACAGGAGGCCAUACAAAACGAUGGCACUGUGGGCCGUGGCGAGCGCAAGACUUUCCGCCAAACCGCUGGCGAUCUGGCGGACAUUAUUGUUGGAAUACCUUUGCGUGACUCUAGCCAGCAGUAUGAGCCCACGGUACAGGCACGACAACAUCGCGGCAGCAGCAGCAUUCAGGCAUCGCAUAAGAAUCAUUUUAACGGCAAGGGUGGCAUCGGCGGCACUGGCCCCAUGUCCUCCAUGGAGCUGGGCAUGUAUGUCCUGCUGACUGCCUUCUGCUUUGCCAUCAUUGUGUUCGUGAUCUCGUGCGUGGUGUAUGCCUCCAAAUUUCGACCCGCAUUGAUUGAGUCCGGCCUGGAUCCAUUGUCGGUGGGCAAGGGCAAUGGCGGAGCUGGUGGCAUGUCUGGCGGUGGUUUUCGGGAUGUACGCCUCAAGGAGUCCACCACGAAUGCCCAUGACUGGGUCUGGCUGGGACGCUCCACCAUCGAUAGACAGUCGGUGGUGGCCGAAACCAAUACACAUUUGAAUGCACGAGAUUCCCGCAUGCGCAUUACCAGCAAUCCGAUCAUCAACUACGAUAAUGGACGUCGCGUCAGCUCCUUUGAUCAGCAGCCCAAGCUGCAAACGCACAUUGUGCCAGCUUCAAAUUUGAAUAAACAGCAUGCAGAUCACUAUCUGGCCAAUGAGCGUAAGGAACUGCCUGGAGUAGCCCUGGACUAUAAGCCGCCAGUGCCGCCGCAUAGGAAUGUGGGUGCGAGGGCGUGUCUGCCGAUUGUACAGCCAGCAGCAGCAGCAGCAGCUGUUGCUGCAGCUUCAACUCCAGUUCCAUUAAAGGAGGUGGCCAAUAAGCGUCAUAGUCAGCUCUAUAAACGGGAGCACUUGCAGAGCAACAACAUUCUCAUCAACAAUAAUAACAACAAUAACAACAACAGCAGCAGCAGCAGCAGCAAUAGCGAUAAUAACAACACAAAUCAGCAGCAACAACAGUCGAAACAACAGCCACUGGAACGUCCGCAACAUCAGCGCAGUCAUAGCCAUAGCCAUGGGCACAAUUUUAGCCAGGAGCCAGCUGGUGCCAUCAUCAAGGCGGCACACAAUAAAAUCAAGCAACAGCAGCAGCAGCAACUGCAGCAGCACCAGCAGGAGCUGCACAACGCUGAGAAGCUGGUGGAGUACACAAAUCCACAUCAGAAGAAUGCAUUUCAAUUCGAUUCGCUGACACCAAAGAGAGUAACCAAAGCAGCAGCAGCAGCAGCAGCCAUGUCCACAGCCAUACAAAAAGCCAAGGAGAACCACAGCAUGGUGAGCAGCACUGGGGAUGCGGCCAAUUCGAAUGGCAGCGAUGAGAUAAUGCGGCUGCCAUCGACUGCCAGUGGCAGUGCCAACAGUCAUGUGCCCGUGCCGGUGCCCACAACAAAAUCAUCGCGCGUUAAGCGUGCCACCGUUGUGGGUAAUCCGAUGUUCUCGGCCACCGUCGAUGAUACCGAGACACCCGGUGAGCGUCUCGGUUUGGAUGAUCUCGAUAUGGAUUACGAACAGAUCAUGCAUUACUUUGAUAAUUUAAAGGAAUCAAAUGCCUGAGUGCAAGAGAUCAUUGCUAAAAUUCGCGAAAUAUUGUCAACGUUCCAUCAGCAAUAUCAGAAUGUGGCCACGCCCAUGACAACGCCUACGCGCAAACAGAUGCAAAUGCUCGAUGAGCUGGUAGCCGCAACAACAACAACAACAACAAGCAGCACAAUCUCAUCAUCAUCAUCAUUGCCCCAGGAGGAGGGUGUGAAGAUCGAUGUUGGUAAUGUUGAUGCUGAAGCUGAAGCUGUGGCAAAUACAGCCUUCGAUGCCUACGAUGGAGCACUGAAUAUCGAGAGCAGGCAGUUCUAGGGACAAAGCAAACCCAAACACAGAAACACACAAAAAAACGGCAUCUGAACGCAAUUCUAGCAAUAACCUUUUCUUAAUGGAGCAACCACACAAUCCCUCUCCACACCCAAGGCUAAAUGGCGCUUAAGCAAAUGCUGAAAUAUGAAUCAAGGAGCAGCAUGGAAAGCAACGGAAUAGGAGGAGGAGUGCGAGGAGUGCGAGGAGGAGGAGUAGGAGCAGUGCAAGCAACACAACAAAAACAAAAACCCAUAUUUAUUGCUAGGCUAAGUUCAUAUUUAAAGCAUAUAUAGCUAUAUACUAUAUGUAUAUUUAAUGUGGGAGAUACGAAUCCCAAAUGUAUCUCGAGGAGCGCGUGCUUGACACAAUCGGAAUACACACAGACACACACACACAUGCAGCAUAACCCUCAACCUCCCAACCUCGCUCCCCACGUAUAUAUACACACACGAUGUAGUUAAGGAUCAGCCAUCAAAAGCAUAGCUUAAUCCAAAAACAAAACGAAAUGCCAUUUUUUCACUCUGCUUCAGCAUCUAGAUAAUUGCCAUAUCCAUUCGCUGCUUUAGUUUUCACACACAAACACACACACACACCACACCACACUCACACUCACAAAUCACACGAUCUCUCGGUACACCGAUCAUUAUAUACAUACCGAUUGCAUAUCCUACAAAUUGUAAUACUUCUCUCGUCGAAUCAUCAUAAAAGAAAGUCUCUCUCUUUAGUGUGUGUGCCAUAAGAUAGAAAGGGAAAGAGAGCUAUAAUAUAAUGACAGAGAGAGAGAGAGAACAAAUAAGAGAAGUUUUCACAAAAUGUGCCGGGCACCGCUCCCAAAAGUCGCUAGAACUUAAAAACUGAAUAAUAUAUAUAUAUAUAUAUAUAUGUACACGAUAAAUAUAUGAAUAUAUAUUUAUGAUUAUAUUAAAAUGCGCGCUAACACAAAACACACACACACACACACACACACACACACACACACACACACACACAACAACUAAAAGCAAACUUAAAGAAAAAGCUACAAUAGAAAAACUGGACAAGCAGUAGCCGUGUCACGGAACGGUGUUAGGAAAACAUAAAACCCAUUGCUUUAUCACGUUAAAAGAAUACCAAUCAUAAAUCUUAAAAUCGAAAUCGCAAAACAAAAAUUAACACACACAAACAACAAACAAAUGGAUAUAUAGACGCUUAUGAGCUUUAUUUGAUCGAUUCAAUGCAUUGAGAAGAAAGUAAACGAAAUGAACGGAACGUAAUGUAACAAAUAAAAAAACAUAUGGAUGAGGGAAAUAUGUAACCAAAUAUUAUAUGAUAUUACUGAGCGAUCCAAGCUUUAUCUAACAAAUUUACCAAUAUUUAGAGCAUACGAGAAAAUAUUUAUUAUUAUGAUUAUAAUUAUUAUUCUAUUAUUAUUGCCAUUAUUAUGAUUACGAUUACGACUACGAUUAUUGUAUUUAUUAUCAAGUGCAAAAUUCAAACAAAACAACUGAAGGAACCCCCUCCCUAAACAAUAUUUUGAAUAGCAAAAUUACACACACACAAUGUGCAUGUGCAUAAUCGCGAAUAUGUAUACUAAACAAUAUAUAUAUAUAGAUAUAGAUACAUAUAUAUUCAUUCACGCGCUCUCUUCAAUACGUACGCAUACGUGUAUAUCUUUGUAUCUAUGUGUAAAACUGCAUCCUAUCUAUUCGUUUAUUCACGUCCGACCUCAACACCGCUAACUUCUAGAUGUAUACGGAUAUACAUGCAUAUAUCAUAGCACACGCAAGAGCUACUUCAUUCCAUUAGCAAAUCAUAAAUCAUAGACAUAAUCUAUUCUAGUAUUCGUAUCUCUAGUUUUUUUCUAGUUUGUCUGUCUGUCAAUUGUCUUCUGCUUUAUAAGUCUGUUCAAUUUCGUUUGUAAGAUCUGUUUACAUAUGUUCUACAACUACUUAUAUUUCUAUAUAGAGUAUACAUACAUAAAUAUUUAUGAAAUGCAUGUUCACAGUGUCACGUCUUUAGUUUAUAGUUUAGAGGCCAUCUAAGUAUUACGCUCUUGUGUUCCACACACACAAACACACACACCACACAUCAUUGUUUCAUAAUCAUAUGUUGUAAAUUGUUCCGUCCAAAAAACAAAAACAAAAAACAAAGCUGAAAUGAAAUGAUAAAUGGGAUAAAGAAAACCCAAACCAAAAGCAAAAGCAAACAAUUGUAAGACAAGCGAAAGCAAAAGUGUAACAAAAUGAAAUUUAAGCAAUUUAUCUGAUUUGUUGUAAUGCAAAAGCACACGCGAACACAAAGAGCAAGCAAACACAGACACACACACACAAACAUAAAUUAUUUAUAACCAAUUUGGACACUUAUUGCACUUAAUGUACAGAUAAUACUGGGCAAUGUGCAGUGCGUUUUGACAGCAAUAAGGCAACAAAAGUUGAAAUUGAAGUGAAAUUGAUUGAUCUUGAAUGUUGUCUGUAAAAUCAGCAGAAGAUUCUUUAAAAAAGUUUGCCAUAAAAGAACAAUUUUUAAUAAUAAUUGCAGCAUUUUCCUAUAAUCGAUAACCAUCCAAAGUGGUCCGAUAAUGCCAUAUAUCCUAGUGAUUCUCCGCUUUUAGCAUCAAAACGCACUGCAACAGCCAAAAACUGUAUUCUCAGUUGUUCUCUAUCAAUCGAAAUGACUGAAAAAUAACUCCCCCGACACACAUAAAAAUCGAAUUGAUUUUAAAUUGUAAUAUCAUUAGCAUAUAGAAAUUAGUUUCAAUUGUUUUUUGACCCCAAAUUUAAUUGUAUGACUGGAUUUGCUCCAGUUCCUGCACAUGGUCCUAGUCCUAGUCCUAGUCCUAGUCCUGCUCCUAAUACACCCAGACUACCCAGACACUCUCCCAGUCGAGCUGCACUACUGCCAUCAUUGGGCAUCAUUUAUAUUGGGUGAACGUGAGACAUUUAGGCAUAUUGAAGCUUCCAGCAUUUACCAGUGCCAUAUAUACAGAUAUAUAUAUAUAUGUAUACAGAAUACAGUUACAGAUUACACACACACACACAUGUACAGUGAAGUCAAUCAAUGGGAACGCAAUCGAAAAGUUGUGGCAUGCCCCGAGCUUAGCACAAGCCUCCAGUUACGAGUAGAACUGCUUGUUAGAAGAACCUCCCUCCAAAAAGUUAGUCUUAGUACACAAACACAAACAAACACACAUCUCUAGUAAAAUUUCACAAAAUUAAAGCCAUAGAAAUAGAGAGAGAGAGAGAGAGAGAGAGAGAGAGUAGGGAUAGGAUAGGAGAUGGGAGAGGCUAGGAAACACAACACAUCUCGACACGACACGACAACAACUUUAUAUCUAGACAAAUGCUUGGCUUCGAUUCGCUAUUUGGCGGAUCUGUUUAUAUCUAUGUAUAACCAUAACCGUAUCUAUGUAUAUCGUAUCUAUAUGUUUGACGAUUCCAAUGCAAAGACUUUUAAUAUAUGUAUCUACCGUUUUUAUUUGAUUUUUUUUGUAUCUGUAUACAGCAUAUGGUACCUAUACGAUGACAGUACAUUUAUAUAGUAGUAAAGAUAACUAUCUAUAGUAUAUUAUGAUUAUUAUUAUAUUGUUUAGUAAGACACACCAGAUGUUAGAUGAUGAAUGGAUGGAUGGAUGCUGUUCUCUAGUCAUUUUUGAAGGCGUUUAAUUCGUUUUUGGCCACACCACCAGACACACUACACACACUCACAACACACAACCACACUGAUAGUUUUAUAUUUAUAUAUAUAUAGUCACAAAUCAGCUUUUAACCACACCCUUCCCUAACCACCCCACACCCCCAAGUUCCCGCAAAGCCUAGACUGUAUUGUAUUUUGUAUUUAUUAUCCAAAUGCACACUGAAAACAUGAAACAUUAGAAAUAUAUGUACUACAAUUACAAUUACAACUAUGUAAAACGAAACGAAACUUCUGUUCUUCGCUGUUUUUUUUCUUUAAUUUUUUUAAUCGUGGAAAAAAUCACUACAUUAUAUAGUUAAUAAUAUAUUAUAUGGCAUCCAGGCGCCGGCUAAGUGUAAUGCAAAAUAAAUU